GCGCCGUCAACGUCACCACGCGACGUCCAAAAAAUAUUCAGUUUACGUCACGAACGUUGAGUUGUCAUUACGAUUCCGGAGAAUGCGUAACGUCAAAUUAUGAUUUAAGUUCAUAAUAAAAAUAAACCUUUAGUUAUAUAAAUUGCAUUUUAGAAUAACAAUUUAUUUUAAAUUUUAAUUUAUUUUUGAAAUAGCGUGUGUAUCUUAAAAGCAGUUGGAAAAAUCUGCAUGCUGUAUAUGUUGCAAGGUUUCGGUAUUCAAAAGUUCUGAAAGUGAUCGUCAUAAAAGAGUAACAGUUGAGUGUAGGAUAAGCACCAUGGACCAGAGUGGUAUAACACCGAACACUUCCAAUCAGCAGUUAGUUAUAAACGGUGAUAAUGACUCUGCAAAGGCGCUACUGCAGGAGAAGCAAGCGAGAAGACGUGAUAAUCUGAGGGAUGUAACCUUCAUAGAAUACAUGACUGUUGGAAUACUGUGCUACGUUAACCUCAUCAACUACAUGGACAGAUUUACCCUGGCCGGCGUGCUAGACGAUGUCAAGAAAGAGUUCCACAUCGGCGAUGACCGCGCGGGGUUCCUGCAAACAGUGUUCGUGGUCGCGUACAUGGUGUUCGCGCCUAUAUUUGGCUACUUGGGAGACCGGUACUCCAGGCGCGUCAUCAUGGCGUUCGGAGUCAUGCUGUGGAGUCUUACGACUUUCUUCGGGUCGUUUUUAAAGGAUUUCGCAUUAUUCGCCUUGUUCCGUGGAUUGGUGGGCAUUGGUGAGGCUUCUUACUCGACUAUCGCGCCCACCAUCAUCAGCGAUUUGUUCGUGGGAAACGUCCGGUCGAAGAUGUUGGCAUUCUUCUACUUCGCUAUACCCGUUGGCAGUGGCCUCGGUUACAUAGUGGGCUCGGUGGCUGGUGCUGCGGCGGGCAAUUGGCGAUGGGGUCUCCGUGUGACUCCCUUCCUCGGGGCCGUUGCCGUCGCUCUCAUAUCGUGGGUCAUGCAGGACCCUGAGCGGGGCCAGGCCGAAGAGAGUCACAUGAAACCCACGUCGUACAGAGAUGACCUUCGCGCCCUUGUCAGAAAUCCAUCGUUCAUGCUGUCGACGCUCGCGUUCACGUGCGUAGCGUUCGUGACAGGCGCGCUCGCGUGGUGGGGGCCGCAGUUCAUCUACCUGGGACUCACCCUGCAGCCGGGCGUCGACAUCACCCUCGAGAGCGUGUCGUACAAGUUCGGGUUGGUGGGCAUGUUGGCGGGCGCGCUGGGCGUGCCGCUGGGCUCCGCGCUUGCGCAGCGGCUGCGCAGCCGCGCCGCCGACUGCGACGCGCUCAUCUGCGGCUUCGCGCUGCUCGCCUCCGCGCCGCUCGUCUACGGCGCGCUCGUCGCCGUCUCGCGACACCACUCGCUCACCUACCUGCUCAUGUUCCUCGGCAUGGCCACGCUCAACCUCACCUGGUCGAUCGUCGCCGACAUUGUUCUGUAUGUAGUGGUGCCCCCGAGAAGAUCAACAGCCGAAGCUUUCCAAAUAUUAAUAUCCCACAUGUUUGGCGACGCCGGCAGUCCCUACUUAGUUGGUGUGAUAUCGGAGAGUUUAAAACGUUCCCUAAAUCCAUCACCUGACGAAAAGCCGAGCAGUAUUGUCCAAUUUGAAGCAUUGCAGUACGCCCUGUUCGUGACGUGUUUCGUCGAGGUCAUAGGGGGCAUAUUCUUCCUAAUGACCGCCAUGUACAUAGUCAGGGAUAAAUCAAAAGUCGACAGAGCUAUCGCAGUUGCAUCAAAAAUUGUUUAAUUUAGAAGCGGAAGCACAACACACGGAACCUUCGCACAGUGCAGCACAAGAAGACAUCGUCGCGGGUGAAUAAAACAAUAUGGUGCGCGAACUUGGUUAGACUUAUCACGGUAGAUCUGCGUGAGACGUGAAACUUUCACGAAUAACAAUGUAGUGUGCCAGUUAAAUUAUACAAAUUUAUUUCCCUUUGAUUAUUAGCUUUACAUAUUGGUAUAAUGUGACCGGUUCUCGUUAUUGUUCCUAAAUUAAUUUAUUACGAUUAAAAUUAUCUAAUUGACCGAGUUGGGGAAUGCAGUUAGUUGUUUAAUUGUCACACAAUUAUCGUAGAAGACUGAAUUGUACAGAAUAAUGCUGAUUAAGGGCGGUUUAUGUUGUGUAAAGAUAUACGUGUAAUAUAUUUAAGUGCGGAACCAGACGCAGUGUCGACUGUUUCCCGCAUAGUGAACAAAUCGUGCCUAAUAAAGAGUAUAAAUAUUGUAAUCGUUAGAAGCACGUUAUAAUUGAAAUGGGCUUCAUAAUAAGUACAGAUUAUGGAUUAAUAUUGGUCAUUGACGUUGGUGUGUAACGUAGAUAUAGAGAAUGGACUGAGAUGUACCGUCAUAACACUGGAAAGGAACAGAGUGACUGCGGCUGACUACAGUGUAUUCAGUCAGAUUACGUGUAGUUCAGAAGUUUUGCGCUCUACAAAGCCUGGGAUGUGGAUUGUGGAACCAGAAUUCUAUAAAAAGAAAAAAUGUCCAAAUUCUUUCAUCUCUCAUAUUUUGUCCAUAUACGCCAAGGAGGUGAUAGCAACUCUGUCCAUCUUCUGUAUUUAUGAUGCAAAUGUAUUACCUCAGGCUAAUUGUUACAUACUAUCAUUUUAAAUAUUUUUGUUGUUGAUAAUUUUAGUAAUGAUUUAUUUAUAUAUUUCUCUGAAUUGAAAGUUUUGACUUUGGAAUUUCGUAAUAUGUGCAAAAUGUUUUGUUCGUAUAAUAUUCAUACAGUUUAACGACGUUGGUUCUGCUAGUUGUUUAUAGUUCCUACAUGCUAACAUGCGAGCAAAGAUGUAAACGAAGUCAUAUUAUCUAGACAGUAAAAAAAUAUACAAUUAAAAUGUCAUACUGUGCAGUUUCGCGUGCUGGUUAAACUGUAAUGAAUAUUAAACAAGACUGAAUUAAUUUAAUUAUUGUCAAAAUUACUUUCUAUUAAGGUUGUUUGUACAUAGAGCACAUAUAUACAGUAUGAAAGUGGAAUUGAAAUAAAGAGCUAUAAUUUAUUUUCGCUAA